CCAGCCCAAGAGGGCCACAGAGCUCUGCAGACCAGCGCCAUGUCCCGGACUCCUGUCCUACUCAUGCUCCUGGCUUACUGUACAGGUUACGGUUCCCAGCCUGUGUUGCGUCAGCCACUGUCUGCCUCCUCCUCCCUGGGAACUGCAGUCCGCCUAACCUGCACCCUGAGCAGUGACCAUCAUAUUGGCUUUUACAGCAUCUUCUGGUACCAGCAGAGGCCAGGCCAGCCUCCAAGGUUCCUGCUGAGAUACUUCUCGUACUCAGACAAGCACCAGGGCCCUAAGGUCCCCCCUCGCUUUUCUGGAUCCAAAGAUGUGGCCAAGAACCGGGGAUAUUUGAGCAUCUCGGAGCUGCAGCCUGAGGAUGAGGCUGUGUAUUACUGUGCCGUGGGGAGCCAGGGCAUAGAGAGGGAGAAAAUAAUGGAAAGGGAGAGGGAGGAGAGACAGGAUCCUGAUGCUUCAGGGUCCCAGGAACCCAGGGCACAUACACCCUGACCUGAAGGUGGGUUCGCUGGGGGACCCUGGGGCGGGGAGGAGCACGGGACCACGGGUCUGUGCCAAGCCAAGAGGAAACCACUCACCCUUUCCUU